AUGGCCACCGUCACACCGUCCGCCCUGGCCAGGGUGCCGCAGCACUCGCCUGCCUCUGCCAACGCCAGGAUCACCGAGCGCGCCAUCAAGAGCGUGAAGGAGGCUGCCAAGAUGUCGGAGGAGGAGCUGACCACGAGGAUCGGCGGGCUGCAGCGCGAGUGGGAUAUUGAGCGUAUCCUGGAGUUCAACACCGGCUGCUUCACGCUGCUGGGCCUGCUGCUGGCCCACUGGGUGCACCCCAACUGGCUCGCCCUCGCCAUCGCCGUGCCCUUCUUCCUCGUCCACCACGCUGUGCUAGGCGCGGCAGCGCUGCCCGGCUUGGAGAUCCAGGAUGAGGCGGCCGCGCUGCGUGCGCUGCGGGGUGACUACGCCGAGAUGUGCCAGCAUGCCGGGGUCAAGCAGGGCCUGCUAGACCACAUGCUGAAGAACAAGCAGUACCAAGGCAGGUUCAUCGGUACCGCCGUCGCCAAGGCGGCCAGGGCGGCAGAGGAGUGA